UGGGUUGGCGCCGACAAGAAGUAUAAGCCCACAUCAACGAGCAAAAGUACCGGUAAAACGGUUACCGUUACCUAUGGCUCUGGCUCGUUCUCUGGAACGGAAUACACGGAUCAAGUUAGUCUCGGUGGAAAUCUCACCCUCAAGAACCAGUCUAUCGGCGUGGCCUCCAAGGCGAAAGGUUUUGACGGUGUCGAUGGUAUCUUGGGAAUCGGGCCAGUCGACCUUACCACUGGUAUAGGAUUUUUCCCUUUUCUGUUGCUCGCUCCCCUCUCAUCAUCGCCCGUCCCAACCGUAACCGAUUCCUUGUACUCUCAGGGGCUUAUUCCAACCGAGAGCAUCGCGAUUUCCUUCAACCCGACGACAAGUCCUGGUGAUGAUACCAAUGGCGAACUUACAUUUGGAGCGACUGACACGUCCAAGUUCAACGGCUCGAUCAACUACGUGCCCAUCACAGCGACUUCGCCAGCUAGUCAUUAUUGGGGCGUCGAUCAAACGCUCACGUACGGCAGCAAUGGCACCCCUCUUUUGCAGGGUGCUGCAGGAAUCGUGGACACUGGAACCACCCUGGUUUUGAUCGCCACUGACGCGUUCCAGGCAUAUCAGCAGGCUACUCAGGCGAUACUGGAUCAGACCACUGGUCUCCUCACUAUCACGGACGACCAAUUCGCUCAGCUGGAAAGUCUAUUUUUCCAGAUCGGCUCUGAAACCUACGAGCUGACUCCGAACGCUCAAAUCUGGCCUCGUCAAUCUAAUUCGAGCAUUGGAGGCCAAGACGGCCAAAUUUAUCUCAUUGUCGCUGAUUUGGGGAGUAACAGCGGUAGUGGCCUUGACUUCAUCAACGGCUUCGGGUUCUUACAACGCUACUACAGCGUCUACGAUACGACCAACAGCCGCGUUGGUCUGGCCAGGACUCCGAAUACGACCGCUGAAACCAACUAG